CUCUCUCUCUCUCUCUCUCCCUGUCUUGCCUGCUCCUUCUUCGGUGCUGCUGCUGCUGCUGCUUCUUGCAGGCUGGCUGGCUGCGUGUCAGUUUCACCAGAGUCCGGUUGGCGAUGAUGAUGGCGACCAAACGGUCCUCCUGACCAGCCCCAAUCAGGAAGCAGGAGAAGGACGGAGCCCCCCCGCCUCUUUUCCUCCCCACCCCCUCCUCCCGGCCUCCUUUCUUUCUGGGAAUGAAAAAAAGGGAUCCUGCUUAACAUUCACCCUCUCCUCUCGCUCUGCUCAGAGGGGCCCCUCUCUCCGCAUACAGAGCAGCCUGGCUGCAUUUUGAACGGCUGCUGCUUGCUGCAGCUGCACCAGAAAGCAGCGGAACGCCUGGAGACAGGAAGGAACCUCGCAAGCCACCACUCCUCCGGAUCCUUCGCGCGUUGGCUGCGUUUCUUCCGAAUUCUGCCUCUGAGAGACCUCCAUCCCUCCCCGUUCCGUCUCCCUCUCCUUCUUUCCUUCGGCUCUCCAGAAGAUCCCCAUUCUUUUAUGGGGCAGGAGGAGACACGGCCAUGCUCUCCAGUUCCAAAAACUCUUUUAAGAUUAAGCAGCCUCUUCAGGAUACAGGGCCCAAGGGCCGAAGGUCUUCCAACGACAUGAACGACAAGAGGAACCGGAACUCCCCGGCUCUCCAGUGUAUUCCAGGUGAAUACAUCCAAGAAGAGGCUGCCCACGUGAGGAAGAGCGUCGCUUCUCGAGACGGCGCUGGAUACAUCCCGGGAACUCUCUACUGCACCAACCUGAGGGUGGCUUUCUUGCCCGACCCAUCCCCAGAUGCUGAGGAGUGCACCAGCCACCCCUUCCUGCACACGGACUAUGAUGUGGCCCUAUCCUGCAUCGGGAGGCUGGUGGCUGUGAACAGCUUCACCAAAGCCAAGGUGCUAACGAGUGCCUCCACCCUGAAGUUCAAUCCGGAGGAGCUGAUUGUCUACUGCCGAGAUUUCCGGGUCCUUCGUUUCCGCUUCCACGAGAGCGGCUUGGAGCCUCAGGCCUUCCGGGUGACGAUGGCGAUCGCACAGGCCCAGGAGAGCAGCAGUAAGGACGACUGCUAUGAAAACGCGGCUGUGAGGGCCUCGGAGAACGGCCGAUGGAAUGAGGAGGAGGACGAGUCGGAGGAAGAACCCCCCACGCUGCUGUUCGAGACGCUCUCUGACUGGGAGAAGGAGCUGCAGCGCCUCGGGACGGCCAACUGGCGGGUCAGCCCAGUCAACGAGCGCUUUGAUAUGUCCACCAGCCUCCCCAAAUACCUCUGGGUCCCUAGUCAAUUCCUGGACAACGAACUGAAGAGAGCUUUUGUACACUUCAAUGAAAGACGCAUCCCGAGGCUGUGCUGGCACCACCCAAGAGGUAGCGAUCUUCUCCGAGCGGCCAGUUUCCAUCCCGAAUCAGACCCGGAGAAGGAAGACAUGAGGUCAGUGGAAACUCUGAUGCUCGCGGGACAUUCUCAGUGUGUGAUUGUGGAAACAGCCGCUGACCUGCCAAACCCAGCCGAGAUCCAGCAGUCCUGCUUCCGGCUGUGGAGCCUGAGCCUCUGCCUUGCUGAUUCGUUUGUGGCUCCAUCGGACCAGAAGUGGCUCCUGGGCCUGGAAGGCACACGGUGGCUGGACCACGUGAGGCUGUGCUUGAAGAAGGCCAACGAGGUGGCCGUCCUGCUUGCUGAGAGGAGCCGCUCGGUCGUGCUGCAAGAAUCGGAUGACAGGGAUCUGAACUGUCUGCUGGCCUCCUUGGUGCAAGUGAUGUCGGAUCCACAGGCGAGAAGCGUCUCAGGCUUCCAGAGCCUCGUACAGAGAGAGUGGGUAGCGGCCGGACACCCCUUCCUCCAGCGUCUCAACCUGCUCCAGAAAAAUGACCGGGAUGAGUCUCCAGUCUUCCUCCUGUUCUUGGACUGUGUCUGGCAACUCCUGCAGCAGUUCCCAGGAUCCUUUGAGUUCACCGAGGCCUACCUGCUAGCUCUGCACGACAGCUGCUACAUCCCAUUUUUCAGCACCUUCCUGUUCAACUGCCAGUGGGAAAGAGGUCGGAAGAACCAGAACCGUUUUUUCAACCAGCUGUACACUCCCAUAAAUGGCUGGAGAGAGACCCUCUGUCUGGAGAUCGUGCAGAAAGGCGGCUACCCUGCUGAGGGAACGGGCGGAGCGUACUUGCCCUCCGUCUGGGACUGGCCCUUGCGAUACGGGCCCCGGCAGAGAGCGCAGUUCAAGAACCCCUGCUACAGCCGGAGCAGAACCAGCAACGGAGCUGCUCUCAAUGGGAAUUUCCUGCCCCCAAACCAUGGUCAGAUGGACAACACUCCUUCAGGGAACUGGACUCUGUACGUCUUCUCCAAGGGCUGCCUGUCUUUGCAAACCCAUUUCUUUCCUUGGAAGAACGGCUCCAUCUCCAAGAGGGGUUCCCGGCGGGCUCACCUGUCCGAGGGUCCUGGAGACCAAGAGAGGGCCCCGAGGGCCAAGCCCAGCAACUUCCUCGGCCAUCACGACCGGCAGCUGCUUCUCCCGCGGUACGCAGGGCCCUGGGUCCGGUUAUGGAAAAGGUGCUACCUUCGCGGGAACCCGGAGAUCCAGGUUGGUCUCUUUGCAUCUACCCUUGUUGGCCUCACAGAAGAACUGGAUCUCCUUCAAAAGCAACUGAGCUACUGGCAAACCAGGGGCACCUACAAGCCAGCUCUUGAGACCACUAAAGAACUUCCUCAGGGGCAGAUCAAGAGUGGAUGGGGCUCCCUCUUGCCAUCCUGUUGAUAAUAGGAGUGAGAGGGGACCCUGAAGAACAUCCCCUGCAGAACUGGACCCAGCUGCUCCCCCAUGAGGCAGCUGUGGCAAGGAGUCAGAUUUCCUAAACAGCUUGAAUGGGAUCCCUCACACGUUCCCAAGGAGUCCCAUCUGAGGCUACCCUCCUCCUGGGAGAAGAUGCCACAGGGACGUGCCACCUUUGAGAUUGGUCUCACGCUUGUGUCUACAAAGGGUCAAUUCCGAGGAUGCUUCCUUCAGCUCUGGGUUGAACUGAGUCCCACAGUCAUCAUCUAGCUUCAUCACUCUGCCACGAGAUCCAUGUCUACCAACAUUUCCUGCAGGAAUCCCAGAAACUUGCAGGCUCUUGGUUAUCCGCCAGGACACAAUCGACUUCUUCUCAUUCCAUACACUGUCGCAACAUCCAACUUCCUCGUUACCCUGCAGUGUUUUGCCAUUUCCUUUGCCCUCUGGGGUCUGCCGUAUUGCAGCCUUGAUCUUUUUUGGAGAGAGCAGGGCAAAGCUCCCUUCCUCGCUGUUCCCCUCUAUUCAGCGAUGUUGGAUUACUCGGCAGGAGAUGUGGCGUCAUCCCUCUUGAUGGAAGGCAGCCUGAAGACUAUCUCGGGUUAGACUAGUUGGAGCUAUGGGCAAGUCUCUCAUCCACGAGAGAGCGGCUUUGCAAGUCGCUUAAAUGGGAUCCCUCGUUUUCAGCACUCCAGACCUAUUUCCUCCGACUCUGGCAAGGCGAUGGCUAUGGUUCCUCGGAGAUUUCCCAAGAGGCAAAAUCCCUGCCCGGACAAGCGAGAUACAAACCAGCUGGCUGGCAGAAACGCAGGAGCGGCGUGGACAGGAACUGGUGGUUCAUCUUGAAUGGAGUGUGGCCAGAUGGUUGUGGCCAAUUUGGGGGACUUGGAUGAAAGUAGAGGCUUUCCUUCCGUGGCCCCUUCCGCAAUCCAUUCAUUCCCAGUGUGGACUUUUCAGGAACGUGUCAUGCCAGGAGAACAGCCCAAAGGGGUUACAGCUUCCUGUUUGGGGUGGCUGCCGUUCACGGCGGUUUUGCUCUCUUGGUUCAGUUCGAGUAUUUAUCCAGUGAUACACUUAUGGGUAGAAUCAAAGGACUAUGGAAGGGUGGGGGGGACACUCCUUGGAGCGGGGGGGGUUCCCUCCCCUCAUAGCAGCGGCUGAGGAAGUGGUGUGUGAGUAAGGAACUUUAUUCCCUUUCUGGCUUGCGAUGUUGUCUUGGGACAAUAGGAAAAAAUGGCCUGUCUGCUCCAUCUAACAGCUUCCGGCAGAAAGGGCUAUUUUCUGUGGUACGUCCAGUUUGGAAACAACAGCAGCUGUACUGCUAUCUCUGUACAUUUGCUCGAGUCCUACUCGCCCCCCACGGUUCCUCUAGGGCACUGGAACACAGCUGAUGUAAUUGGUACUCAAGUAGAGACUUCUCUGGGGCCUGUUUACAAUCGGGCACGUUCGCUCGCUCGGCCUGGAACAGGCUCCUUGUUAACCCAUAGACAGUAUUGUUGAAUGGCACUUUAAUAUAUAUAUGUGUGUGUGUGUGUACAUAUAUUGCACACAUAUCAAUAAUCGGAGCUGGAAUCAGGCAGAGAGUGGCUUUGCUACAUAGGCAACGGAUAUCCCAGUACCUCGGAAUGUAAUCCUGUUUCUCCCUCUCGCUGCAUAUUGUGUUUGCGUAUUCUAUUUUUCUCUUACAUCCCCAUGUUUUGAGUGCCUAUCAUGUGUGUGUGUGUGUAUAUAUAUAUAUAUAUAUAUAUAUAUAUAUAUGUGUGUGUAUAUAUAUAUAUAUAUAUAUAUAUAUAUAUAUAUAUAUAUAUAUAUUUCCCCCGAACAGGGAAAAAAUUCAUAAUGGGGAACGCGUUUCAGUUGGUGUCUUUCCAAGUCCAGAGUUGAUGCUGCUGUUCUAUAUUUGCUGUUAUUUUUUAAAAAAAUGUUUUUAUAAGCUUUGGAGCAGGAACCUUAGCAGAUGAGAAACAAGCGCUUUUCCACUAAAGGGUUUUUACAUAUUUUUUAGGAAAGUAAAUACAAUACACCCCCCCCCCACAGCCCUUAGGGAUGUGUGUUAAGGAAGUUCUUGUAAACUGCAUGAGAAAAGGGGUCCGCCCCACAAUGCUCGGCUUCUAGAGAUGCCAGAAAUAGAGAUGCCCGUGAGGUUUGUCACAGGGGUGGAGCUGGGAGUGUCAGGGACCUGAUAAUGCUCGCCCCAGGAGAAGCGAGCAUCAGAAGCCCCUCCGUGCUUCUAAGGCUCCAAUUUCAUCUCCCUGUUGAACAGAAUGGAGACACGGAUGUCUCCACUAAUCUCAGGAAGGAGGCAGAACGGGGCUGCACUCUCAGAGAUGUCUGGUGGGGGACAAACAGCAACCUGCCCCACACUCGACCCUCUCACCCAAGGUUUUUGAGGGGGAUGAGCCACCAGCCCAUCCUCGAUUCCACCCCACAGCUGCCAUUUGCCGCUGGGGGGUCACUGAGCAUGGCAGGCUUCCAUGAUCCACAGCUGCAUAUGGCCGCUCUGUGUGGCUGGGGUGAAAAGGCCAGAUUCCCAGUUUAGGGGGAAGUAGCUCGCUUAUUUCCGAGUCGAGCCAGAGGGAACUCGCCCAUCACCAGUCAGGUGUUACUUAGACUGAUAACACAGGGGCGGGAAAGCUUGUCGGAUCUGUGGCCUUGUGCACAGAUAAUGAAUAUAGAAUGCAGGGCAUGUGUGGGUGGAUUUUGUAUUUGAAAAGCUUGCGUGUCUCUAUUGCCCUUCAAGGACUGGUCUCCUCCUGCUUCUAAAGGACGUGAAGUGGCCAAAGGGAACCGUUUCCAACUAUUAUUGCUUCCACCUUCUCCAUCCCAAAUCCACCAGGUUUUCUGAGCAGAUGUUGGGCAUUUCCCUUUAGGACAGGAGUCGGCCACCUGGGCUCUCCAGAUGUUGCUGAACUGCAACUCCAAAGUGUCUGAUGGCUGGGCGGGGGGUUUAUAGGAAUUGUCGUUCAACAUCUGGAGAGCCCAGGUUUGGAAUACCUUCUGCAGAAAAGGAUGCAUGGGAGUGGAUCAGCAAUUCUGAUUUUGGUCUCAUUCUAAACACCAGUCGGGCUUAUGGAUUUCGGGGUGUGUGUAUGUGUGUGUAAACAACCUCCAGACUAAGCAAGUCCUCUAACAGGGAUUCCCAGAUGUUGUUGACUACAACUCCCCGAAUCCCCAAGCAAAAACCAUUUGGCCCUCCCUGCAGAUGUUGGCCUACAAGUCCCAUAAUCCCUGGCUAUUGGCCACGGUAGCUGGGGAUUAUGGGAGUUGUAAUCCAAAGACAGCCGGAGGGGGAGGACCUAAGUUGAGCAGGCCUGGUAUAGACGAUACGGAGCUAGAUGGACCAAUGGUCUGAUUGGGAAUAUGGCAGCUUCUUAUGUUCCGAAGUACUGGGAACCAAUGCACUUGAUUUUGGUAAGCUGAUACUUCCGAUUAUUGUCUUAACAUUCCUCCACACUAUUUAAGAUGUGGAGUGUGUAAUGGGUUAGCGCCCAAAGCGUCAAAUAAGGAUCUUCCCCCACGCCACCACAUCUGAUUCUUUUAAAAUUUUUAUUUCAUUCCUUUUAUGUUAAUGGCUAAAGCAAAAUAUUGUCAAGAAAGGAGUUUUCCUUGACUGCCACCCCAAGAGUAAGCCCUACUCCCACCCUAACCAAGGCAGCCACUGAAGGAAUCGGGGUCCUGAGGCUGCCAUGUGAUGUCCGGAAAUCUUUCAUGCCUGUGUUGAAAAUUAAAAACAAAGUGGAAGAUG